AUGGCGUCCAAGGUGAGGCAAGACGGCAAGACGCCGACCUCGGCGGCCACGAACCUCAUUGCUGGAGGAGGUGCCGGCAUGAUGGAGGCGCUGGCAUGUCACCCCCUCGACACGAUCAAGGUGCGAAUGCAGCUGUCGCGGCGCGCGAGGCAGCCCGGCGCGCCCAAGCGCGGCUUCAUCAAAACGGGUGUCGAGAUCGUCAAGAAGGAGACGCCGCUAGGCCUGUACAAGGGGCUCGGCGCCGUGCUGACGGGCAUCGUGCCCAAGAUGGCCAUCCGGUUCACGAGUUUCGAGGCCGGUCUCGCGGCCGGCGUGACCGAGGCCGUCGCCGUCGUGACGCCGAUGGAGGUCAUCAAGAUCCGCCUCCAGGCGCAGCACCACAGCAUGGCCGACCCGCUCGACAUACCAAAGUACCGCAACGCGGCGCACGCGCUCUACACGGUCGUCAAGGAGGAAGGCUUCGGCGCGCUGUACCGCGGCGUGUCGCUGACGGCGCUGCGCCAGGGCAGCAACCAGGCCGUCAACUUCACGGCCUACUCGUACUUCAAGGAGGCACUCAAGAAGUACCAGCCCGAGUUCCAGGGCACCACGCUGCCGGGAUGGCAGACGACCUUUAUCGGCCUCGUCAGCGGCGCCAUGGGCCCCCUGAGCAAUGCGCCCAUCGACACCAUCAAGACGCGGCUGCAGAAGACGCCCGCCGAGUACGGCACGAGCGCCUGGAGCCGCAUCGCAAAGAUUUCGAGCGACAUGUUCAAGCAAGAGGGGUUCCACGCGUUCUACAAGGGCAUCACGCCGCGCAUCAUGCGUGUCGCGCCCGGUCAGGCCGUGACCUUUACCGUCUACGAGUUCCUCAAGGAGAAGCUCGAGAGGAGCAACCUCGCCUUCACUGGGGGCAAUUUUGAGGAGUGA